GUUGCUUCCAAUGAAAGUGUUUGUGUUAUUUGUUGCCACAUAAAUAUCUCUACUGUAAUUUUAAGAUUUCUGAGACUCAAAAAGUGACAGAAAGCGAAGAAGGCGAAAUACAGUUGAAGGGAACCAUCGGAGAAUUCUUCCGAAUGUAUACUUAUUAAGGAAGAAAGCAGCAUACUUGCGUUGGAAAUUUUCGAUUCAUUUGCUGGAUUUGGAAAGUUGAAGUGAAUCCUAAUCCAAGACUAGAAUUGGGAAGGCAUUCUUUCAGAUUAAUGCUUCAGCAGUUUCCAGGAGUACUUUUAGCAUCAUGGGAUCCAUCUCAGAGGGGUGUUUUCCUUGGCAUAGUGGAGCUUAAGAAGCAUAAAUUACCAGGCUUGAAGUCAUAUUCUCAUCAAUUGAAGUUUCAGGUUGGGCAUGAAAAUAUUCAAACUGAUGGACCAACAACAUUGGGAACCUUUUGUUAUGGUGGUCAACGGCCUGCUCAAGGAUUCAACUCUAAGAAACAGGAAUCAUAUCGUCAAAAUGUGGAUCUUCCUCCGAUACUACCCAAGAAAAAGAAGAAGCCUUAUCCAAUCCCUCUAAAGAAGAUACAGCAGGCUGCCAGGGCUGACAAAAAGCUUGCAGAAAAGGGAAUAGAGAAGUCCCUUGAGCCUCCAAAAAAUGGGUUACUGGUUCCUGAUUUAAUCCCACUUGCGUAUGAAGUAUUAGACGCGUGGAAAAUUUUAAUUAGGGGAAUUGCACAGCUCUUGCACGUUGUACCUGUUCAUGCUUGCAGUGAGUGCUCAGAAGUUCAUGUGGCGCACAGUGGUCAUUGCAUCCAGAACUGCCAUGGCCCAACCAGUUCAAAGCGCAGAGGCUUCCAUUCUUGGGUCAAAGGAUCCAUUAACGAUGUUCUUCUCCCUAUUGAAUCAUAUCAUAUGUACGAUCCUUUUGGUCCGCGCAUUAAACAUGACACUCGAUUUAACUAUGACAGAAUUCCAGCUCUUGUGGAGCUAUGCAUCCAAGCAGGCGUUGAUAUACCAGAAUAUCCUUCAAGGCGUCGCACCAAGCCUGUCCGAAUGAUUGGGAGGAAACUGAUUGACCUGGGUGGAUCUGACGAGGAGCCUCAACAAUGUCUCUCUGUACACUCAACUUCAUCACUGGUAGAUAUUGACACACACAGGGCAUUUGAGCGAUUCCCAGCUCCCACAGAGCUGGCAGUGCCUGGGAUUGCACAGGAGACCAUUCGUGCAUAUGAGAAAGUCAGAUGGGGUGUGACAAAGUUGAUGAGGAAGUACACAGUGAAGGCUUGUGGCUAUUGUUCGGAGGUUCAUGUAGGUCCAUGGGGUCACAAUGCCAAGCUUUGUGGAGAAUUUAAGCACCAAUGGAGGGAUGGAAAGCACGGGUGGCAGGAUGCCACGGUGGAUGAAGUAUUCCCUCCAAAUUAUGUAUGGCACGUUCGUGAUCCAGAAGGACCGCCUCUGAAGAGUGCACUUAAGAGGUUCUAUGGGAAGGCUCCGGCUGUAGUUGAACUGUGCCUGCAAGCUGGUGCCCAAGUUCCGGACAGAUACAAGACCAUGAUGCGUCUCGAUAUUGUGAUCCCAGAAAGUGAUGAAGCUUUCUCAGUUGCAUAGCAAGGUUUGCCAAGAUGGUGAAAUCUCUGUAAUGCUGGAUUUUCUGCCUUAGCAGUGGACUGCCAAAUUUGCCUUUGCAGUUUGCAGGGUAUGGAAAAGGAGAGAUUGCUGACACCUAUCCCAAAGUUCUGCUCUAAUUUCCUCGUAAAAGGGCUUGGGUCGAUGACUGCACCUAUUUCCUGAAUCUGCUGUAUUUUCAGGAGAAGCAGAUGUACAUAGCAAGUUAAAAUACAGAGUUUAUGAUUAUUGUUUCAUUCGUCAUUGUAUCCGUUGCCUAGUACUGAUGUAGCAUAAGAGAACAGAAUUUGGAACUGUCUAAUGGGCGUAGUAAACUGUGAGGCUAUCAAGUCAUAUACAGAUGCCAACAAAACUCGAUAUACAACAGAUCUGUAACAGUUUGUUAAUAAGCAGCAUGGUUUUGUA